AUGACUAGACUAGCAGAUCUGGCAUAUCGUUUAGGUUUCUCUUCCACAGAGAUUCUUCUUCUUCGUGCGCAAGACAAAGAUGUCCAUAGUUUAGUCGCUAAGGGCUUCACUGCAUCUCUGCAGGAGCAGAAUUACGGCACCCUACGCCCAGAAUCUACGAAAUCCCUAUCUGGUCGUAUUGGAUCAGCUAUGAGAGGCCUUCAGCCACCAGAAGUUCUUAAUCCGGAUGGGUUGAGAUAUAGUACCAAUGAGUUGAGCCAAGUGACUGAGAGAAGAUACAAUGCUCCUUCCCUUUCUCAGAUGAGCAAGCAACGCAAUCAGCUGUUUCUUUACAGCAUUGCUCCUGAUGAUCGAGAAUCCGGACGAUAUCCCACAUCCUUGGGAAUAACAAGAGAUAUUAUAAUGUGCUUUCUAGGCGAUCUCUAUGACUAUCUACCGGAAGGCCCUCAUGAGACAUCUCCUACGAAUCUGACAGAUCCAUAUAUUUGA